AGAAAACCUCCAAAAAUCACAACAAAAUCUAAAAAGGACAGAAGAUCUUACCUAAUAAGAGGAAGAAUCGAUGGAUCUAUGAGAUUUACAACUGAUUUGCACUUUGGUGGAACUCCUAGGGCAAGUUAGGGCUCAGUUUAAAGGUUCUAAAAGAAGAAGCAUGCAAAGGAGGAGGAGAAAGGGGCCAAAUUAGAUAAAAGAAGGUGUGCACACAUGUAUUAAAUGUAACACUAGGUCAUGCUAGCAUGGCCACGCUCAUUUGGGCUAAAUCUUCCGAGUGCGGCUUCGCGAACCCUGCGACUCCUUUGAAACUGGAGGAUGUCGUCGGCGGUGGCAGCCACGGCGUUGAGCCCCUUUGUUAUGAUUUCUGGAAAUCUUUUUCGCUCUUAUCCGGGUUUAUCGGCUUCUUCUUUUUCGCAACCUCACUCCCUUCGGGGCUCGUCUACUUCUAAUAGGCCAUUGCAGGAGCAACAGAGGGGGAAAGGGCUGACCUCUGUGGCACUAAUCGCGAGUGGUGCAGGCUUUGCCCUAGCAGCGGCCGCGUGCGCAUUUCCCUCCGCAGCAUGGGCGGCGCCACCUACUCUUAGAGAGCCGCAGAACGCUCUCUCUCUGCCAACUUGGGUCAUUCAUGUGUCCAGCGUCAUCGAGUGGAUUACUGCCAUGGCGUUAGUUUGGGAAUACGGAGAAAAAUCGGGGUUUUCCGCUUGGAAAGGUCUUUCCUGGGGAAUGGUUCCACUUCUCGGUGGAGCUAUGUGUGCCUGCACUUGGCAUUUCUUCUAUAACUCAGAGUCCCUUGAGAUUCUGGUGGCUAUGCAAGGUGCAUUAACCGUUUUUGGUAAUAUGACAAUGUGCAUUGCCGCAUUCCGCAUAUUUAAGGCAUAUCAGGGAAGCUCUAAUAAUUCUUGAUUAUUUGCUCAUUGUAAUGCUAGCUUCUUUUUCUUCUUAAAUAUCAAUUGGAUCAUAGUUAUCGGUAUGGUAUCCUGUUCUUCGAAUUGAAUGUAAUACUGUAUGAUCAUUCAAAUCAUUAUGUGCUUUUGUGACGACGAAAUUUUAUGUGGUUGUGACCUCAUU